AUAUACUUCUAGAUAAUGCACACUCUAAUCCCUCUCCUCGACGAUCCGUACCGUAUACACAUGCAAGACUCAAGCCCUGGCAAUAGAGAGGGCAAUAGGAACGCUGAUCAGGAUAUGUCUGCAAGGAAAGGAAGACAAAAUGUCAAAGCAGGGUUCCAGCAGAUGGAAGGAAUCGUGGAUUCUCUGAUUGAGAGGCACUUGAUAGCCGAGAAGCCAAAAAACAAGAUUGGAGCAGCGAUUGGGUUCUGUGUUCACCUUCUUGUCCUGGCGUUUACCCUAGUGAUUGUUUGGACAGCUAAGCCGUCAAGCAGUUUGUUCUCCUGGCAUCCCACUCUAAUGACAUUGGCAUUUGUUGUCCUGAUGCCUGAGGCCAUUCUCCUCUUCUCCCCCUGGUCCUCCCCCAUCACCAGCCCUCGCUCAAGCAAGGUACGCUGGCACUGGCUCCUUCAAAUUGGUAUGGCAGUGUCUGCAGUCACUGGUUUCAUCGUUAUUACUGCCAACAAGAUGCUCAAUGGCUACCCACACUACACCUCCUGGCAUGGGAUGAUUGGACUCUAUGUACUAGCUGCAUUGACCUUUCAGAUGUCUGGUGGAUUGCUACAUAUGUACCCGGGGAUACUACCGUUCAAAGUUCGUAUGGUGACCAUGAAGAGGAUUCACGCUUUGUUCGGUACUAUAUUAUUCACUGUUAGUAUGGGCGUUGUGAGUCUUGGUCUCUACUCAUCGUGGUUUGUGGCCAAUGUGGACGAUAGAUUGUGGCUGCUCUGUGUUGUGUGUGUGGGUGUGACGCAACUGUAUGUACUGGUACAAGUGCUAAGGAACUAUGCAUGCAGGUAGAACCGUUUGAGUGAUAUUGUUUUGUCUUUAAAUUGUCCAAAUCAGAUAUCAACUGUUCUUGUAAUGAUUAUGAUAAAGUGUUUUUUGCAACAAA